AGUGUAUCCUUUUUAAAACCUUGGGUUUCCCCCCUCCUUCUCUGUAGUGUUAAAUACUCUCCUAUGACUUCAAAACAGACUAAUUGUGGGAUUUUUUCUUUGCAUUCCUGACAGCAGUGAGACUGAAUUUAGAACUCAGGGUGCCUUGAUUUGGUAGCCGAUAUUGUAUGCAUCUUACAUCAGUGAUGCAGGUAUUGCAUUAAAUUAGCAUUCUGUGGCAUAAAUACUUAUGCUUCUCUUCCUAGCCUAUUGUUCUAACUUCAGACCAAGUAUAAACAUGAAGACCGAGGAGUUAACAAUAUUCUCUUGCAUUGACACAGCCCGAUUCUUCUCCCUUAUACCCAUAUAACUCCACUGAAGUCAGUGAAAUUACUCCUCUUUUAUACCAGUCUGUGAGAAUUUGGGGACACAUUUGUUUUUCGUUGUAGGCUGACCCGCUCACCCUUACUUGGCCCCUUUCCAUUUUUCAUGCAGGCUGGUAAGCAACUGCUUGUGUAUUUGAUGGCAAUAUUACAUCCCGGUCGCCGGAGGGUACUGCUCAGAGGAGUAGUCUGGUCUCUUCCAUUUCUACUGCAGUAGGGCUAAGUACUUGGCCUCUUUGGUGCUUUUAGAAGUCAGUUGCUCCUAUGACUCUGGAUUCUACAGACUGAGUAGAUGAGCACAGUGAGAACUGGAGCUGAAUAUUUGGUGGGGUAUUUGACAAAAAGAAUCAGGGCUUUUAUUAUUUGCUGUCCAUUACCGUGUGUGUUGUAACCCUUUUCUCAAACACUACAGAGAUGAAGGGUUAUAUAAAUAUCUAGCUAGAGAGAAGAAACAUUAGUUAUUAAUGUGUCAUUUUAGCAUUAAAACAACCUUCCAUUUCCACACUUGUAACCAGAUCUUUUAACCUAUUCUAAGACAGAAGUAAGUUGUGCAGCAGCACUGUUGAGGAAGAUCAUUAUUUCUGCCAUAACUGCCCCCAAAACCAAUUGCAUGCAGCAAAUGCAAGCCACAAAUCAUAAUGAAUGAUCCUGCACGCCAAUGAGUGAAAUAUGACUGUGUGACUACUUUAUUUGCAUAUUAAAUGUGCUAGACAUUUUUAUGCUUUUUUUUCUUGUUUCCUAGGAAACCAAUGCUGGGGUAUAGUAGAGAACCGUAAUUGCAUGGAGGGUGCUGCAUGUCUGAAGCUUUGUUCUUUUGUAGACAGGAGGCUAUAAAAGGGGAAAGGGCUGGAAUUUAAAAAAUAUCUUUAACAAAAAAUAGGACAAGGGUGUACAUAUUUUGUGCUAAUGAACUAUAAGUUCCCAACAUAUUUGCACAAAAAUGCUCCAAAUUACAAACAGGCAUAUUUAUAAUGUAGUGAGUCAUUGAGGUAUGACUUGUACAAAGGGUCAUUUCAAGGCACAACUAAAAGAAACUGAAUGCAAAUGAACAUGAAGCUGACUAAUCUGUUUUCAUUGUCCUUGCUGAAUGCAUGCAACAACAGUGGUAUUUGUUAGUGGGUGAAUUAGACAUAGUGAAAUGGAGAAUGUUGUGAGAAGACUGAGCAUGUAAGAAGAGGGAAACUAGAUGGAAACGGAAAUUAAAUUCAUGGUAAAUCUUGGGGGAGAGAAGUGGAGAUUUCAAGAGAAUUAAGUAAAUCUAGAGAGAGGAUAAGACAGUUGUGACCCUUCAUAUAGUGGUGGUGGGGGGAGGAGGGAGAGGGAGAGGAGAAGAGCAGGGUAAUUUGUAAUUGUGCUGUGCAACUCAUUUAAAAGCAACCACUUAGCUUUCCCUGUACUACAAAAUUUUACCAUUGGGGCCUGCGUGUAGUAAUGUGUGAGGACAUUAUACAAGUGCUGCAGAGCCUGUCCCACAAGUCUUGGUGCAGUUUCCUGGAGCAAGUGUUUAAUACCUAUGGUAUAGAGAACAUAUGACUGCACCUGUUCUUGUUCUUGGUUUGUUCCAAUGGAUGCUUUGACCUGCAUGAAGAACCAGGCAUACAUUGUGAGAUUCAGGAGCUUCUGCUCAGCCCUCUUGCUCGCACUGAAGAUGCCAUGGUGAAGAGUUACAAGCCACUGCCUGAAUGAUUCUGGGGCUGGAGGUUAUUGUGAAGAGCACUGCUCCUGGGGGGAAGUGGUGCUCGAGGAGAGUACUGAGAACAGAAUGGUGUGGGCCCAAGUUUGGAGGGAUAAGAUUUAAGCCAUGUAGCUCCUCAAAAUCGUGCCAGUUCCUUCCCCCACCUCCUGCACUGAUAGCCCUGUGGGAAUUACAGACAGUCAGGAGCCCCAGUGGGUUAUGAGCAGGAAUCUGGGAGAGGCAAUUGUCUCACUCUGAUGCAGACUUCAGGUCACCAUAAGUUUCUGGGCAUAGCAUUUCUUGGAAUUGGAUUGUGGGCAUGGAAUGAAAAAGGAGUGCUGUCCAAUAUCUCCUCCAUAACUGACCUGGGAGGCUUUGAUCCAGUUUGGCUCUUCCUUGUGGUAGGAGGAGUCAUGUUCAUUUUGGGAUUUGCAGGAUGUAUUGGAGCUUUGCGAGAAAAUACCUUCCUUCUCAAGUUCUUUUCUGUAUUCCUGGGAAUUAUUUUCUUCCUGGAGCUCACUGCUGGUGUUCUGGCAUUUGUUUUCAAAGACUGGAUCAAAGACCAGCUGUAUUUCUUUAUAAACAAUAACAUCAGAGCAUACAGAGAUGAUAUUGAUUUGCAAAACCUUAUAGACUUCACACAGGAAUAUUGGCAGUGCUGUGGAGCCUUCGGCGCUGAUGACUGGAACCUCAAUAUUUACUUCAAUUGCACCGAUUCCAAUGCGAGUCGAGAGCGCUGUGGCGUGCCGUUUUCAUGCUGUACUAAAGAUCCUGCCGAAGAUGUCAUUAACACUCAGUGUGGAUACGAUGCCAGGCAAAAACCGGAGGUUGAUCAGCAGAUUGUUAUCUACACUAAAGGUUGCGUCCCCCAGUUUGAGAAAUGGCUGCAGGACAAUCUUACUAUCGUUGCUGGCAUCUUCAUUGGGAUUGCGUUGUUGCAGAUAUUCGGGAUAUGCUUAGCCCAGAACUUGGUUAGUGACAUUGAAGCUGUCAGAGCCAGCUGGUAAAACUGCUGAAAUAACCGCCACAAGACACUGGACAACUGAAAACCUCCAAAACCUCCAGUGUGUCACUCCGACACCAAGCUGUAUGGACAUGGGUGACGGGGAAGCCUUCUUUCCAAAGCGGUCUCAAGUCUACGCUGCUGGUAUUGCAGUGAACCCUUGUUUCUUUGGGGUUGGCUAAUGGGUGGGCUGUUUAAAAUCUGCUGCUCACUGACAGUGUUUUUUUUUUUUUUUAAAUCACCAACAAGCUGUUGAGCCAUGAAUCUCUACUGUAUCCUUGCUUCUGAAUAACAGGUGGACACUCUCUCUUUUUUAAUUGGUGUGUGUCAAUGGGACGGAGUUGCAUUGUGGUGUGUGGAUAUGCUGUUUAUUCUCCGUGUCACAAGCUCUUCGAUAGCUGCCAAACGUUCCUGAAAAGGUUUCUUUCUUCAGUACACGCUGAAGGAACCAUCUUCUUGUUUUCCACAGCUAAACAUAGCUGCAGGUCUUUCUGAAACUAAACCCAUCAAACAGGAAACAACUUUCCACUCAUCAAUUGUACAUUUCAAGAAAUUGUUUUAAAAACAAGGAAAAACUUUUAUACAAGCGCUUCCAGACUUUGUCUGUAAUAUGUGGUUGGAAUCAGCAAGAUUGAAGGGAUAACUAUCUAAAUUUGCCAGCAUCUUUCUCCAAGCAAGAAUGGGACAUAUAUGGGAGCAUGAGGUUUGGAGGGCUCAGGUGUAUAAUGUUAAAAAGAGAAUGAAAUAUAUGCUAACUUAAAAAAAAAAAAAAAAAAAGAGAGAGAGUUAUGAAGUACGUACCCAAAUACCUUGGCUAUAUCCAUUGAUUCUUUGGAAUUUGGCAUAACCUGAUGUAUUUGGGGCUGUCACUAAUAUUAGUGCUUUGUUAUAAUUGUACAAAAUUUCUUUUAAAAUGUUUCCUUGAUCCUUUCCUAGCUGAAGCUUUGGUUUUCUUUCUUUUCUUUUCUUUUUAAAUUCUUCUUCUUACCUGCAUGAGCUAUGGAAUUAGAAUCUGAGAAACUUUGUUUUUAAAACCCUGCAUAUGUUUCAGUAGGCUUCUAAUCCAAAUUUACUUAUUUAUUGGUAGAUGCACUUGAUUAUGGAAAGUUCCUAUCCCCUUGUCUUGGAAGGGGGAAAGGAGGACAGCUUUGCUAUAGUAAAUGCUUCCCUAGAGUCAGCAGUUUUUCAUUUGCUUAACUCUGUGUGUGUUUCCCAUCCUGCCUCUCUCUGUCUGAAUACAACAAAAUGCUUUCUUGAACCAAUAGAAUAAAAGGAUAUUUUUAAGCAAGAAGAGUGUAUUGGGACCAACCAAGAGACUUUUGGUCCUUUAGAAAUGGAAGAAGCGGUAGAAUUUGGACUACAGCACAAGUAUUGGGAGGCAAGGUAGAUCAAACUCCAGCUAGGUGUCUGUGAUCAGCUUUUAUUUCAAUAAUAGUGUGAUCAUGCACCUGACACUAACUUGGGUAGCCAAGGCACUUCGUAUACAUUUAGCUUGUCUUAUGGCCCUGCAUAGUGUCUAUGAGCCCAAUCGUGCUGGGGCUGAUUGCCCUCAUCUCUUGCUUCCCUCAAGAAGUAGUUGCGGGUGCU